AUGGCCUUGGACCGCUACCUGGCCAUCUGCCACCCACUCUACUAUCCCCAGCUCAUGACCACGGGGCUCUGCUGGGGCCUUCUGGCCUCCUGUUGUGCAGGUGGCUCCAUCCUAGCCUUAGGCCUCACCACUGCCAUAUUCCGGCUGCCUUUCUGCCGCGGUGGCCUUGUCAACCAUGUCUUCUGUGACCUCCCUGCGGUGCUGGUGCUGGCCUGUGGGAACCGGGACCUGCAGAAGCACAUGCUCCUGGUGGCCUGCCUGUUGCUGCUGGUGCUACCACUGGUCCUCAUCCUCCUUUCCUACACCAGGGUGCUGGUGGUCAUCCUAGGUGUGGGGGAUGCUGCAGGCCGCCGAAAAGCCUUCAACACGGUGGCCUCCCAUCUCACAGUGGCCAUACUCCACUAUGGCUGUGCCACGGCCAUGUACGCCAGACCCCUGAGCAGCCGCUCCUUGGAGGAGGACAAGCUGGUGUCACUCAUUUAUAUCAACCUCACGCCGCUGCUGUACCCAGCUAUCUACACACUCCGUAACCGGGACAUGCAGGGCGCCCUCCAGAGGGUGGUCAGCCAGAGGGUGCCAGGGAUGGCCCACCAAGCUGACCUCACCUAA